UCUAUUUCAAAUAGACAUGCCCACACUUGACAACCCCCAUGCCCAUCUGACCAUCUAUGAUCUGACCAUACAAAGAGAGGAGUUAAUAGCUGAUAAAGUUUAAAGAGACUUGAAGAUGGGCAUUGAAGAUAUCAAGGAGGCACUAUUCGGAGGGAUUGACCCCAACAUCCCUGGACACGGUGGAGCAGAGUGUGCAACUUAUUUGACCCCCAAGACCAUGCUGAUGGAGACCAUGCUGUCUACUAGUAUGAUGAUCAUUGUGGGGAUAGUGGGCUGGUUCACAUACACCAUGCCCAGCACUUUCCCAAAGCAGGCGAACAGUGUGGCCAAGCAGUUUUUGCUCGUCCUACUCUGCUUGGUGUUUGGACUGGAGAUUGGCUACAAGUUGUGCUCAAAGGAGCUCCUCUAUCUAUUGAAUCCAUGCCACGUCAUUACUGUCAUCCAGAUUUACUUGCUGGCUGCAAAACCAAACAAGUUGUCUUUUUCUGUUUUGAGGAUAAUGAUUCAUUAUGUGUAUGGAGCAUUCAUUGCGCUUAUCCUCCCUGACACUCAGAGCAGAUUCUUUCCUGGAGAGGUGUACAAUUACUGGAUACAACAUCUCCUUAUCUUCUUCAUUGUGCCUCCAUUCCUCGUCUACUCUUGGGGUCCUAAAUCACUUGAGCCAUUUAAAGAGUGGGCGUGGGCGUGCUUCUCUGGUAUUCUGUUUGGAAUCCACAACCACUACAUUCUGCAAUCAGUUGCCUUGUUGACCCAUGUUAACCUAAACUACGUGCUGUGUCCUGCUACUAUGGACCCGUUUAACGGCCCCUAUUAUCGGACAGCAGCUGUGUUCCAUCAGGCGAUCUGUCUCCUUACACUGGGCAAAGUCUACACUCUUGUCAUUAAAGGAGUUCUUUGGUUUCUACCACCGGCUCACAAGGCUCACAAGAAAGAGAACUAGUGAACUCAUAUUCAGGAGCUAUAAAUUAUUAUUAUAUUCACCUAUUAUGGAAUUACCAUUAUUAUAAUUAUAAUGAUAUUUUAUUGUAUCAGGUUUUCAACCAUUAUAAUUAUGUAAUCAAAUAUG